UCUUGAAGUUGCAUAUCCCGACCUGCAUCCGGCGUCUCUGCGUUGGGCACAUUGCUCAUACCCACAAAAGCUACCUACCUACGCCACCCAAUUCACUCCUUUUAAUGGAAGACGUGCUCUUCUACCGCUGCUUAACUGCCAAAAUUAUCUCUCCUCCCGCACUCUAACCAAUUGUUGAUCCUCCUUCGGUGCAUUCGUCUCACUCUUGACGCUUGGCAGCGGCACUGUUAGGUUGGACCGAGCCUUGUUCCAACCAUAAAAAGACAUUAGAAAUUCACCCUCUCCUCCUCUCACUUUCCGCUUCCGCACCACGCGGUUCUCACCUGGUCUCAAUCCUCCUCUGCCGGCCAACCCCCAAUACUUUCCCAUCAUGGCUGCCAACUCCAAAGACGAGGUCACCUCGAACCUCGCCAAGCUGUCUCUCAAGACCACUGAGCUCGAAACAACAGCCACCAAACCGCGGACCAAGCCCCACAGCAAAAGCAGCCCCGUCGCCGACAGCUGGGAAGACGAAGCCGACGAGGACGACGAGGCGGGCCCGGACACGGCGCAGGCCACCCCUACCCCUGUGGCAGCCCUCAGUCACGCGGGCACGUCAGCGCCACCGCCGACACCCAUGUCCCCCCUCGGCAGCGCCAACAAGCGGGCCUUCUCGCCGUCCACCCUGCCGGGGCCCGGGUUCAGCAUCCCGCCCUUUGAGGGCGCGGGCGGCGACUACCCGGGUUCGUCGCCAUCGUCCUCCUCCGCCUCGGGCGGGCCCUCAAAACGGCCCGAGAAGACCGACGCCGUGGCCCGCCGCAUGAUUGCCAGCGCGCUGGGCAUGAGGACGCCCAGGCCGACUGAGGAGCAGCGGGCAUAUGACCGGGCGGUUCGCGAGAAGGAGAAGAAGCGCAGGGAGGAGGAGAAGGAGCAGGAGAGGCUGAAGGAGGAGGCGGCUGCCAAGGCUAGGCAGGCGAUUUGGGAUGACUGAUCUUUUGGGUACUUCUGGUUAAUUGUGUCUUGCAUGGCUACGGGUGGGCGAUCUGGUUUAGGUAGUUUUGGACAUCGUUUGCAGGUUGGCUACACGGUUGGAUUUGGAUUGGCCGUUUUUGGUUUAUUAUGGUUACAUAUUAACUGUUGAGCCCUGUCGUUUUUGGUAACGGGAAUUCUCAUUGAAAGAAGCAUGCUUCACAGCCUUUUUCUUGAACUUCUCAUCUGCUUUCA